AUGUCGAAUCCCCUCGAUACGGACGCCGGAUCCGAGAUGUUCGCCAGCUACGAAAACGAGCUUCAACUCGUUCAAGCGGACUUGAACCAAAAGCUCGAUGAAAUCACGGAACUGAGCGGCGAACAACGGAAAUCUGCUAUCAGCUCAGCGGAUAUGGUCCUCGAUGAAGCAACAGAACUGCUGGACCGUAUGCGCAUGGAAAAACAAAACAUCCCCUCCGAAGCCCGCUCUAAAGUCAAUAUUCGCUUCCGCAACUAUUCAACUGAUAUCGACGAUGUGAAACGAAAGCUCAAAUCCCUCUCAGAUGAUCGCAGAGCCCUUUUCGGCGAUCGAUACACCGAUGAGCCACAAGAUGAGCAUCUGGAGCAACGUCAACAACUUCUGUCUGGCACAGAGCGCUUAGAGCGUAGCUCUGCUCGUCUACAGCAAAGCCAACGGACGGCACUGGAGACUGAGGAUGUCGGGCGCAACGUGCUGACAAACCUGUAUGAGCAGCGUCAAACGAUACAGCAUACCCGGGAUAAUCUGCAUGAAAGUGAAGGAUAUGUGGAUACUAGCAUUAAGACUUUGAGGGGUAUGGCUCGUAGGAUGGCUACGAAUCGGAUGAUCACCAUUGGUAUCAUCACAGUCCUUGUUCUUUUGAUCAUUGCCGUUAUUUACAGCAAGUUCCAUUAG